AUGGCCUUCACCAAGCUCAUCAUCGCUGUCCUUCUUUUGGCAGUCGCCGUUGAAUCUCGUACCAUUACCAUCUACAACAAAUGCCCAUUCACCAUUUGGCCAGGAAUUCUCGGACCCGGAAAUCCAGCUGGAGGAGGUUUCAAACUUGAUGGAGGUCAAUCGAGAAACAUCGAAGUAGACGAUGCAUGGACUGCCGGACGUGUUUGGGCCAGAACUGGAUGUGAUGGAAACUUCAACUGCGAGACUGGAUUCUGCAGAAACUCUGAACAAUGCAACGGAGCGGGAGGAGUUCCACCAGCAUCUCUUGCUGAAUUCACACUAAAAGCCUGGGGAGGACAAGAUUUCUAUGAUGUCUCAUUGGUUGACGGAUACAAUCUUCCAGUUCUGAUCGACCCACAUGGUGGAUCUGGUUGCAAGCGUGCUGGAGGAUGUGUGAAGGAUAUAAAUGCUGAAUGUCCAGCUGCUCUUGCCGUCAAAGGACACAAUGGAAAUACUGUCGCCUGUAAAUCUGGAUGUCUUGGAUACAACACCGACCAAGAAUGCUGCCGCGGAGCCUACGGAACUCCAGACAAAUGUCAUCGUUCGGCCACUGCUCAGAUGUUCAAAGAUGCUUGUCCAACUGCAUAUUCCUAUGCUUAUGAUGAUGGAUCUUCCACUUUCACAUGCCAAGCAACCGCCUCUUACACUGUUCAAUUCUGUUAA